AUGGCUCAUGGGAUCAGCAAGUUAGAUCCUAACGUUUCUAGAGUGCUGAGAUCACAAAUAGUUGCAGUAUCACUAACUUCAGCGGUUAGAGAAGUGGUUCAGAAUUCUGUAGAUGCAGGUGCAACCGCCUUGCAAAUCAUGGUUGAUCCUUUUCAAAUGAGCUUUAUGGUUAAGGAUAACGGAUAUGGUAUGGAUCCUCAAGAUUUAGAUCGUGUGGGUUGUCAGCAUUUUACUUCCAAAAUACGUAGUCUACAUGAUUUACAAACUUUGAAUACAUUUGGAUUCAGAGGUGAAGCACUUUUCUGUAUUGCGAACAUUGCACAAGUUACGCUAGUUUCGAAGAGGUCAGAUUGUAAUUCUAGUUGGAUUAGAGACAUACCGUAUGAAUCGAGGCUUUUCAAAGAUCCUAAGGGAGAUGCUUCUUACCAUUUCUCCUUACAGCCUAUUUCUAAAGAAGAAUCAGGCACAACCGUUCUGGUGCGCAACAUUCUCUACAACGUACCUGUAAGAAGGAGAAUAUUGGCAAAUGACCCUCUUUUCAAGACUCUACACACUCUAAGGGAAGACCUUUUCCAAGUACUUAUUCUAAGGCCUGAUAUUUCACUAAAAGUCAGUUAUUUGGACCAGUUGGGAAAGUUGAAAGAGUUAAUAUCAUCUACUAAUAUUACUAAGGAUAUGAACCACUUUAUGAAAUUAUCACAGUCGUUUUCGAAUAUUUUUGGUUCUGUAACACCGAUUGAUAUGUUUACCAAAGUGUCCGUUAAGUUUAAAGGUUGUUCUGUUACUGGACUUAUAUCUAAAUGUCCUGUUAGACCAAAAGAAUUCCAAUUCAUCUAUUUGAAUGGUAGAAAAUAUACCAAUCAAGCUUUUCAAAAGGUGAUAAAUGGUAUCUUCCAGACAGCUGGAUUCGGUGCUGGUGGGCUUAGCGAUACCUUGAUAAAAACUGUUGGUAAACCUUUCAAUAAUUAUCCCCUAAUUAUCUUGGACGUACGAUGUCCUCAGGUGGCAGAAGACCUAAUGCAAGACCCAGCAAAAGACGUCGUUUCUUCAUCCCAUGCUCACCUAUUACACCCUUUGAUACUAAGAGUCAUAAAAUCGUUUUUGAGUCAUCAAGGUUACAUGGCUAACUCUUCAGCCGCUGUCAACGAUUUGACAGAGAACAAUAAAACUAUUCCAAAUACUUCUAGUCCAUUACCGUCUACAAAGUUUGCCAAUUCAGUUCUAAAUUCUAAUGCAAGAAUGGCAAGGCUAAAAACUGAUAAAAAGGUGGACAAGACAUCUCCAGUUACUAAACAAAUUGAUAGCGGCAAAAUAAAACCAAUUCUUGACAAGCUAAAGAGGGCGCUUCCCCAAGAUAAACUCGACAUUGAACAAAUCUACGAAAAGAACGAUUGUUGUGUACCCACUCCAUACUCGAACGGUCUUGGUCACAUCGAAAGACUAGAAGGUAUGGAUUUCAAAUUGGAUAGGUCUCAACUUAUCAAAGCGGAAGUUAUAAGACAAGUUGAUAAGAAGUUUAUCCUUUUGAAAAUUCCACCUAAUGAAAAUGUAGCCCACAGCAUGCUGAUAAUCGUGGACCAACAUGCUUGCGAUGAAAGAAUUAAUUUGGAAAACUAUUUGAAAGAUUUUUUAUACCAGGUUUUGGAAGGAACCUUAAUGACCCAUCCGGUCUCCGAUUGUGCUAUUGACAUUGACAUCACUGAAGGAUAUCUUUUCAGGCAUUACGAGAAGGAAUUUAAAAAAUGGGCCAUCUCUUGUGAGAUUAAAAUACUCAAUCUGGAGACAUGUUUCUUAAUGGUCUCUUCACUUCCUGAUGUUCUAACAAUAAAAGUUCAAGGUGAUAAGCAAUUUUUAAAGAAUGCUCUUUUACAAAUGGUUCACGACUUCAAAAAUUCUGAAAAAAUACCCAUAACCAAUAUGUGUGAUAGACAUGUAUUCAAAAUGUCGAUAAACAAAUUUGAAUGGUGGAAAUACCUUCACUGUUUACCUACCAUGUUCCGAGAAAUAUUUAAUAGCAGGGCAUGUAGAUCUUCCAUCAUGUUUGGAGAUUUACUCUCCACGCCAGAAUGUUCUCUACUUAUCAAACAGCUUGCCCAAUGCCAUACACCUUUCCAGUGUGCUCACGGCAGGCCUUCCGUUAUCCCAUUGUUAGAAUUGAGCACAGAGGGCGGGCCCUCUGAUAAUUUCAGCGACUAUGCAAAAAAUUCGUACUUGGAUUACGACAUCGAUACCUAA